AUGACCUCCCGCCUCCUAGGAACAGCAGGAAAGAAGCUUUUCGAGAGAAAUCUCGAGCAAUACACUCCAGCUGACCCACUCUAUGAAGAAUAUACAGACGAUCGAGGAAGAAAGAAACGGAAAAGAAGGGCCAUUCCACCUGGGCUUUCUUCACGCGACGCUAAAAUCCUCAAAUCCGUUCAGAAGCGCGCUCAUUACCUCGACAAAGGAUUCUCAUUAUGUGGAUUCCGUUUCGGUUGGACUUUCGUCGUCGGGAUCAUUCCUGGCGCAGGUGAUAUCGCAGACGCAACGUUGAACUACGUACUCGUUAUCAGGAAGGCCAAACAAGCUGAUAUACCUUCGUGGCUUCUUAGUCGGAUGCUCUUCCAUAACGCUGUCAGCGCUGGCGUUGGACUCGUACCGUUCGUUGGAGACGUCGUUUUAGCGAUAUACAAGGCUAAUUCGAGGAAUGCUGCUCUUUUGGAAGAGUUUUUACGUGUUCGUGGAGAGGAGUUUUUGAAGUUGAGUGAGGAGGGGAUGGGUCCACAGGCUGUUGUUGCUGCCAAUACUGGAGAAUCUUCUGGGGCUACUAAUGGCUCGAAAGGGAAGGGAUUCUGGAAGGGCAAGAGUAAAAAUCAACAGGUUGCUGAAGGUGUGACGAAAGCGGACGUAGAACAAGUCAAGCCUGGAUCUGGGAUGAAGACAACGACAUCGGGUGGUACAUCGACAGAUCCGGGUGCGAGUAGAAGGAGCUCGAGUCGGAAAGGGUUUACCUCUCUCUUCGGGAACAAAGAUAAGACCCCUGCAGUGAGGCCUGUAUCUGAAGAGAGAGGUCGAUUCGUUGAGAAUGUGGAUGUAACCAAGAAGGCUUGA